AUGUCAAAAGAGGAAGCCAAUGGCUGGUACGAGAUAUUUCUCUCUUACUGGAAAGCCGUCGGCGAGAUUCUCGCGGUUGAAGGGCUCCGAGGUGGUGCUAAGUCUUCCUGGACGCAAGUAUACGAGAAGUGGAAGGAUUUCACCUUACUGGUCGUGCGUGGAUACACACAUCACGACUUUGAGAAUUGGACGAUCCCCUGCCUCUACGUUGCAGGGCGAUAUCUCCGUUUGUACGCCAUCCGGGCGGAUGAGGAAAGACGACGAUCUGGAGACGACACGGAGAUGAACUUCUCUGACGACAUAGAACCCGAGUCAGAAAACAACCGCUAUCUCGUUGAGUGUUCAAGACACUUGAACAGAAUAUUCCAAAUUUGUCUGAGUGACAGGGCUCCCCUCGAAGAAUCCCGCAAAUGGGGCAUAUACUAUGCCAUCAAUCUUCUCUUCAAAACAUUCUUCAAGCUGAAUAAUGCUUCCCUAUGCAAAGGUGUGCUCAAAGCUCUCUCUGCCACCAGCAAGGACAUGCCAUCGAUCGAUCGAUUCCCCAAAUCGCAACAUGUCACCUUCAAGUACUAUGAGGGUGUCCUAGCAUUUCUUGAAGAGGAUUAUGUCAAGGCAGAGGAAUACUUGACACAGGCAUGGCAGCUGUGCCACAAGGAUGCGACUUCAAACCUUGAACUGAUUUUAAGCUAUCUCGUACCUUGUCACCUUCUGACGACACACACGCUGCCCAAUGCAAAGCUUCUGGCUCCAUACCCCAAACUCCAGAAACUCUUCCUGCCUCUUGCUGAUGCGAUCAAGAAGGCCGAUCUCCAUGCCUUUGAUGUGGCGCUACGGGACGGGGAAGACGAGUUCAUCAGACGACGCAUCUACCUUACACUAGAACGUGGUCGUGGCAUUGCUCUGCGCAACCUGGCGCGGAAGGUCUUCGUGGCUGGCGGGUUUGAAGACGCGAAAGAUGGAGCUGUGCCUGUGAGACGCACCCGCAUUCCUGUUGCUGAGUUUACUGCCGCGAUCAACUUGAGCAGCCAACGCAAGACCGAUUCAGACGAGGUUGAGUGCUUGUUGGCCAACAUGAUCUACAAGGUAAGUCUAUGGUUGCAGUGGUCAUUCUCAAGCCACCGUGCUUGUCGGAAUUUGAUGAAAGGCUACAUAGCCCAUGAACGUGGUAUCGUCGUGCUGAGCAAGAACGGUGCGUUCCCGGGAACGGGGGUAUAG